AUGCUCUGGAACUGGAACACCGUUGGCUCUUGCUUCCUUGCUUCGUCGUGGAAGAUUACUUCGGCUGGUGUGUUCGCCGGCUCCUGCAUCGGCGUCGUCUUCUUGGUUGUCGUACUGGAGAUGUUGCGUCGCGCUGUCAAAGAAUUCGACCGCUUUCUCAUCAACAAACACGCCGAAUCCCAGGCGGCAGCGGGCCCGCCCAACAAGUUAGGUGGUGAGGGCAGUCCGGCUCCGGUUUGUGCACCUAUCCGCGACGGGUAUCGCCCCAACGUCUACGAGCAGGCUUUCCGGGCCUUGCUCCACAUGCUUCAAUUUGCCGUUGCUUACUUUGUCAUGCUCCUCGCAAUGUAUUACAACGGGUACAUCAUCAUUUGCAUCUUCAUCGGUGCCUAUCUCGGUGCCUUUUUGUUCCACUGGGAACCCCUCGGCGGUGGGCAGCAGACAAGCGCAGCCAAGGAGGCAACGGUGUGCUGCGGUUGA